AUGGAAGUUUAUUUGAAGACCAACUUCGACCAGUGGUUCAACAUCACCCGAGGUUACAAGGCUCCAGUCGAUAACGCUGGAAUCCCAAUGGACCCGGAACAUUGGAAUCCAGAAAUGAAGAAAAAGGCGCAGAUCGACUUGAAAGCUCUCAACACAAUUCAGUGCAGACUAACAAAAGAAGAGCUGAACCGCGUCGGCCCACACGAAAACGCAAAGAAACUUUGGGAUAAGCUAAUAGAACUAUACGAGGGAACCAACGAUGCCAAGAUAACAAAGAGAGAUUUAUUUUUACAUAAAUUGUUUAAUGUCAAAAUGCAGGAAGGUGAGACUGCCAGUCAACUGCAUGUGAGGAUAAAGGACAUCCUCAACGGACUCCACACAAUCGACCAUCAAUUAGAGAACUGA